AUGUCGUGGUCAUGUGCCUUCUCCAGGAACAUGUCCACCAAGCCCCACCCAACCCAGGAUGGCUCAGCCCAAGGCAACAAGAUGGCGGGGCGUAGAAAGCGAACCAGUUUCACCAAAGAGCACUUAGAGCUGCUUCGCAUGGCCUUCGAGGUGGACCCAUACCCAGGCAUCACUGUGCGGGAAAGUCUCUCUCAGGCCACUGGACUUCCAGAGUCUCGUAUUCAGGUAUGGUUCCAGAACAGGAGAGCCAGAACUCUGAAGAACAGACACAACCGCAUGGACUCUCCUCCAUCUUGCUCCCUCCCUCCCAGCCCCUUCAUUCCCUCCAUGAUCCACAGGGCUGAGGACGAGAGCCAGCAAAGAGAACGAGGCAGCACAGAGUCCCUCUACAACAGCAGCACCACCAACAACCAGCGUGUGGGCCCCUCUCAGAUCAAGGAGGAUGACCUGGACUGCUACUAUGUAGGUUUGUCCCCACACAGUGCCGGCUUCUCCCAGAGAGAAAUCGGCUACUUCAGCACUCCUUCCUUCCGGUCAACACAGAGUCGUGUGCCGGGUAGAAACUCCAGCCCCACCUACCGCACCCCAAACAUGCAAUACCACGCUCAAAACAACUGGAGCUCCUCGAAGUCUCCCGACAGCACUUCUCCAGAGGCCAUGUGGAGCCCUGUGUCUUCGUUGGGCAGCAGUUAUGCCAGUGAUGGACAAUACUUCCCAAUGAUGUCUCCACCUGGACCCCCACCACCCUACCCCCAUCGCAAUCCCCAGUCCACUUAUGUGGGGUCUGUGUCCAACUCUCCCUCCUCACCGGAUUCGGCUUGCUGUGACAUGGGAUACAGCUCCUCUCUCUCCACCCAGUGCUCGCCCUUUGGUGGUGGGAUGUGGGACCUGUCUUCCUCGGAGCCAUGUGCCAGCCUGGCUCCCCUGCCUGACUUGUCCACUCAGUGCCUGGAAGACGUCCUUGGGGAGAUGAAGCCUGAAUGGUGGAAGGUCACAGGGCCUGUGGACCGAUCUGGCAAAGAAUAAGACUUUUUCACAAAAGACUCUUUACAGCAGUGAUUUCUUUUAUGGUUAAAGAAGAAUAUUUUCAAAAUAUAGUGCCUCUCUGCUAAUGACCAAGCAUUUCUAUCCGCACAUGUAUUCCUCAUAGAAAGGGAUAUGUAUUUAUUUAUUUCUAUUUAAUACUAUGUAUUUAUGAAUUCAUUAUUUAUUAUUGAAGGCUAUUU